AUCUAACCAAUGAAAGAAAUAGACAGGUACGAGGAGAAAUGGGGGCCAAGGGAAUGUGAGAAAAUAGAGAUGAGAGAGAGAGAGAGAGAGAGAGAGAGAGAGAGAGAGAGAGAGAGAGAGAGAGAGAGAGAGAGAGAGAGAGAGAGAGAGAGAGAGAGAGAGAGAGAGAGAGAGAGAGAGAGAGAGAGAGAGAGAGAGAGAGAGAAAGAGAGAGAGAGAGAGAGAGUGAGAGAGAGAGAGAGAGAGAGAGAGAGAGAGAGAGAGAGAGAGAGAGAGAGAGAGAGAGAGAGAGAGAGAGAGAGAGAGAGAGAGAGAGUGAGAGAGAGAGAGAGCGAGAGAGAGCGAGAGAGAGAGAGUGAGAGAGAGAGAGAGAGCGAGAGAGAGCGAGAGAGAGAGAGAGAGAGAGAGAGAAAGAGAGAGAAAGAAAGAGAGAGAGAAAAAGAGAGAGAUGCUGUGCAACGCACGCCUGUAUCUCACUUAAUCAUUCUGUCGAGGUUGGUAUAACCAUUGCGGUAGAUCUAGCUU